AGUUUAGGCAAAAGUGUGGCCAAAACGCACCCACUGCAGUGCAUUUUCAACAAAAAUAAGGUAAAACACAGCAUAAAAAUGGCCAACUAAUGUUUAAACAAUUAGAGUAAUUAAGCCAAAGACCAAAGCCGCAAAACAUUGAAACAUUUGCGUUGCAGCUGCAGCAAAAACAACAAAGCAACAAAGGCGCAGGGCGAGUCUAACGGGAGUUGAGUGCUACCCAGAUAAUUCCGGAAGAGAGCUAAUCCAGAUCCAGAUCCAGAUCCCACUAUAAUCCAGCAUGGCGGAUCCCGAACGGCAGAGCCUGAUCACCAAGGACGAUGGAAAUGGCUACAAUUCGGUGGCUGCCGCCGGCGAGGAGGGAGCCGAUAAUCCGGGCGGUUCAUCCUCGGCAGCCGUAAAUAAUGAGGACGGCAGUGGAGCACCCACGGCCGUGCCGUGCAUCGGACCCGAUGAGCUGCCGCCGCCGUAUCAGCAGGGCAACAACACAGGAGGCGUACCUAUGGUCACCUGUCGGGUGUGUCAGCAGAUGAUUGACAUUACCACGAAGCGGGAGCAGCACGUGGUCAAGUGCACCCACUGCAAUGAGGCUACGCCCAUUCGAAAUGCCCCGCCGGGCAAGAAGUACGUGCGUUGUCCGUGCAACUGCUUGCUUAUCUGCAAGAGCUCCUCGCAGCGCAUCGCCUGUCCACGGCCCAACUGCAAGCGGAUCAUUAACCUGGCCCCGAGUCCCGUUACCCCGCCCGUGCCCACUAUGCCAGGAAUGUGCCGGGUGACAUGUGGCCAUUGUUCGGAUACCUUUUUGUUCAACACGUAUCAUAAUGCUUUGGCCCGGUGUCCACACUGCAGGAAAGUCUCGUCGGUGGGAUCUCGGUUUGCCAACAGCCGUGGAGGAUUAUUCGCCAUCCUGGCACUAGUGUUCCUCGCCAUAGGCAUUGGCGUCACCAUCGGCACAAUCUCAUAUGCCUCGUCUCACGGUGGCAUGUACUUCCUCUAUGUGGCGCUCUUCGUGAUCGCUGGGUGCAUGCUGGCCCGCUCCGCCUACUAUUUCCGCCUUAAAGUGAGCGCCAUAGAUGGGCCAAUGUAAAGCAAAUGCUAGAACACGGGGCCAGCAGAAACGGAAGUGCAUUGUUUUAUUUUUAUUUUUAUACAUAUAUAUAUAUUAUGCAUAUAUAUCAUUCCUUUUGAUAUUAAAUGUAAUCCGUAAACUAAACACAUGUGCAGCCAAUAGCCAAGGGAAUGAAACUUUCUCCACAAACUUUCUCCAAAUGCAAAGAUAGAAUUUUUAAUUUCAAGCAAAUCACAGAUAGUUAAAUUGUAUCGAAAGGAUGUCCCCGAAUUAAAGUGAUUUUGGAAAGCAUAAUUAGAAUGUUAAGGCCGUAACUAACUAAACACAGUAAACAAUAUACUAAAUCUAUUUCGAAAGUCGCAAAAGUUAAAAAAAGAUACAAAAUAUUAAUGGUGUAAACAUAAAGUGCUAAAGUAAAAAAAAUACAAGAAAUUCAGAACUGUAGGCAGUCAUUAGUUAUUAGACCAGCGACCGAUCAAGCCACUCGCACCACAUUUUUUUAGGGAUUCGCUCCAAGCUCCAGCGAACUCCCACCUACUUUCUCUCAUGUACAGUUGAGUUUUGAUUAAGUGUCUGUUUCUGUUUCUGUUUGUCCGUUUGUGCCAGUCCCGUGAUGUUAUUUUGGUAUUUAUUCUCAUGUAUUCUCGUUAAUAGGCUUUGAAUUUUGCGUUGCCUCCUCUAAGAAUUUAUCCAAUGCACUUUUAUCAAGCGAGAGCGUUUUGUUCUUAGGCGUUAGAGAUAAUUUGAUGGGUAUGCUAAAUAGUGCUAAUACACACUACAUAUAAAAACACACACAUACGAUAUACCAUGCAUACAUAAUUAUAAUGAAAAUAAUAAAGAAACAAUACAAAAGCAACAUUUAUUGAAGAACAAAAACGCAAAGCUCGUGCAGCAGCAAACAAUUUAGACAGCAACUGCUAAACUGCGAAAUGAUAUAUAUAUAUUUGAUUAAAAGGAAAUGGUUUACUUUUGAAAAUUAUAUAUAUAUAUAUAUAUAUACAACAUUUAUAUUUAGUACAUUAUAAAUUAGCAUACAUACACUGUAAAUAAAAAUGAAAUAAAACCACA